GGAAGGUUCCCCCCUCCUCGCUCGUCACGUGAAAACGAAAUUUGGUCGCUGGUUUACACUCUGCUGGUUCCCCAGGCUGCUGUAGAGGCGCCUCCGUUGUGAAGACCAGCGUGAGGAACACACUUCCGAACGAUGGAUCAGACAACUGGCCAGCAAUCGCCAACAAUUAUUCCAACCAGCCCGUCCACGUGCUGCUCCUUCUUGGCUGGGAGCAGGGGUUGGAGCCACACCAUGCCCUCAGGCAGGCAAUGGCACACAGCACGCAGAAUGCCAUGGAUAAGGCAAAGCCAGGGCUUGGUGAACUUGAAUAAAAGACAGCAGUCCCGGUGCCGGUCAACAUCCUUUGCUUUCAAACGCCAUCUGGAGCAUAGAGAUCAGGAACCCAGUUCCAAACACUUCCUCUCGGAGGACAAGAUGGCUGCCCGCUUCAACUCUCUUAGCCUGGACAAUGACCAUGUCUACAGCUCCAAUGGUUUCCCUCUCUACGAUGAAGAUCCCAAGUGGCAGGACGCAUAUGCACGCCUGAAAGAACUUCAGCAGAGGCUGUCCCAAGAUGGAGCAAGUGAAGAAGCUAGUUCGGACGAGGACGAGCACAACAGUGUACUUGUGGAUGGGGAAUUCAUUAUGGCAGAUUGCCCCAUACUGGCACAUCCUUCCUUCCUACAAGAGCCUGUUGGAGGAGUCGGCCUUGUGCCUGAAGAGGUAUUUCUUUCUCUGAAUCCUUGUACAGAAGUGGUCCUUUGGAGCCCUCCUAGUAACUCAGGCUUUCACAGUAUCCGGACAUUGAUGGCUAUCCCAUCUUCCCUCAGCUCUCCUGCACAGCCUCAGCAAGAAGCAGGGGCAAUACAAGAGGAAAUGGAAAUAUAAGCUUUCACCCAUCUUAGUCUAAAGCCAAAACUCAUUUUUUUCCGGUUGGCCUGUCAGACUUUCAACAAAUGACAUCAUUAUCCAGCAUCAACACAUUCGAUUGCAAAUGUUUUUACAGCAGCAUAGGAACACCCAUCAUUUUUCAACCGACUGCAAUAAUCUGAUCCUCUCCCCUCUACUAGAUGUAAAAGCGUGUGUGUGGUCGUUUCUGGUGUGUGUGCAUAUUGCUGUUUUCUUUUCCAAUAGGAAAGUUGCCAGUACUUAGGAAAAAGUACAACUGUGGUGUCUCAAGGUGCUAUGACUUAAAAUGUUAAUAUUGCUUUUUAGAAGUAAUUUCAAAAUGGACUUUCUGAACUUCUCCUUUUUAUCAGAGAGCUGAUAUUUUAACUUCCAUCCCACCCACCCCCAAAAAGUGUUUGUGUGAAGAUCAACUAACAUUUUCUCUUUCCUUGUGGGAAAGGCAUCUUGACCUUUUACUUCCAGAGAGCUGAAAACAAGAUGUUAUUCCAGAGGGUAUCAACAAAUGACAAUAUGACAAAAAAAAACCCUCUUGGCACCAAAGGAUGGGUAGCCAUGUUUGGAGAAAUAAAAGAGUAAGAGGUGGUUUCAUAUCUAAAUUUCUUUAUUGAACAGUGGUGUCUCCUUAACAGGUUUAAUGCCAUUAGCAGUGGGUUAACACAAGAUGUUUUAAUUAUGUACAUAAUUCAUUUUUGUGUAUAUAAAAUAAUUCAUGAAGCAGACGUAUUGCACAGUCAGAAGGUCCCCAUAUUUAAAGACAGAGGUGGGAGGGCAGAUACAAUUUCAACCCUGUUGCACCCACCAUUUUGGAGUUGCGGGUGGAGACCCACCUCCCAGAUUCAGACAGUGUUUCAUAUUCCAGGUUCGGCAUGUACACACCUUCUGAUUAGUUCCUCAGUUUCAGGAGGGAGGCUGGGCUGACAGGAUGGUACCCCAAUUGCUAAUGCAAGGCAGGGAUCUUUCCAACCCUAACCUUGUUUUGUAUAUGAAUAUACAUGACAAUUUGCUCCGCGACUGGAGGGGGGUUAUGAAGAAGAGAUGAACUAUUCCAGACCCAAGUGGGAGAGGUUUGUAGCCUGGUUU